GUAACAUUAAUGGCCCCUGGAAACUUUACGGCUACAUCUACCUUAUACCGUUCAAUUCCGUUAAUGAAUUUACUUUGAAAAGUUGGCCCAAUGAAAUAAAACCAGUUGAUCGUGGAUAUACCAAAUACUUUAAUAAUUAUUUGCAAGCUUAUAAAGAAACUAAACCUGACUUAUUUUUUUGUAACUAUUUUGCAAAUGAGGCUUGUUUUGAUCUAGCGUUGAAAUUAAAGAAACCUGUUGUUGGGUUUGCUAGCGUUUUUACUUCUCCACCUCCCUUUAGAUCAGACCCAGUGAUGGGUUGUCAUGUGAACAUGGAAAAUGAGUCUUUCUACAAUCGUUUUAUAUGUGCUGUAGUGCAACCAUUACGACUUAA